AUGCCAGCUAUCUCUCACCGGCAUCGUUGGGGUGCCGAUGAGCCGGUUCCUGCCACCUCCCGACAAGCGCCUUGGCCACUCCCCGCCAUCAAGCAUGUGCCUCCUCCUAUCGGGCACUCUGGAAGCCGCCCUCCACCCUCCCGCCAUGUGCUUCUUUCCAAAUUCAGCUUCCCACGCCGCCGCGUCGCUGCCGCUGCCCGCCUCACAGCACAGGACAUUGGCCACGACACUUAUGACACACUAUAUUGGUCUAGUCCUCCCGUCGGGCACUCUGGAAGCUGCCCUCUGCCCUCCCGCCACGCACUUCUUUCCAAAUUCAACUUCCCACGCAUCCGCAUCGCUGCCGCCGCCUGCUCACAGCAUAGGACAUUGGCCUCGACAUUCAACUCACAUUAUACUGGUUUAGUCCACCCGCCACACGCUCCGGAAGCCACCCUCCGCAUGUCCGACGCGCACUUCCUUUCCAAAUUCAACUUCCCACACCUCUGCCUUCCGUCGUCGCUGUUCCCCUGA